AUGGGAGGAGUAGCUGAGGACUCGAGCUCAUUGAUGACGCGCGAACCUCACGUGACCAGGAGUCGACGUGUGCAGAAGUCCUUAUAGUCCGGGGCCUGUUUCCUUGUAGCAGCUCCCUAUUGCUCAGAAGGAGGAAAGCGCCUUGGAAUCCUUUCAGGACUCUUGGACUCUUGGGCGCGACACAAAUCGAGUGAAGAAAGAGAGAAAAAUCUCGUGGAUCCCUGCAGGAUUAAUUUAUUCAAAAGGGAAAUAAUAGAAAAAUACUCAACAUGCAAAAAUCGUGUGAAGAAAAUGAAGGAAAACUACAGAGCAUGCCAAAGGCCGAGGAAGACCGCCCGUCAGAAGAUGUACUACAGGAGGCAGAACGAAAUCCUCAACCUUCGGAAGAAGGUGUGAGUCAGGAAGCAGAAGGAAACCUUAGAAGCGGGCUGAUUCAACCUGGCCAGGGAUUUAAAGAGGACACUCCUAUUAGGCAUUUGGACCCUGAAGAAAUGCUAAGAGGAGUAGAUGAGUUGGAAAGGCUUAGGGAAGAAAUAAGAAGAGUAAGAAACAAGUUUGUGAUGAUGCAUUGGAAGCAAAGACAUUCACGCAGCCGUCCUUAUCCUGUGUGCUUUAGGCCUUGAAUUCUUUUUUCUUUUUUUUUUUUUUGUCUGAUAGUAAAAUCUGGCCCCUGCUUUCUGUCUGUUAGCAUUUUCCAAUGUAUCUCUUACCUUUGCUUUACUUCUAAUCACCUGGUGGAAUUUUGUUUUAGGUAGUUUCCUUGUUACCAGCAUCUCACUGGAUUUUGUAUUUUGACUCAUUCUCCAGGUCUAUUUUUCAGUUGGGAAGUUUUACACAUAUGCAUGAAAAUAUGUUCGUUCCAUAUUGUAAAGUAAAACAUAACAAGUUACGAAGCAGCAUAUUUAGUAUCAGCUCACAUAAUGUAGGUUAAAAUCCCAAAUUGUGUGUGUGCGUGUGUGUGUAUACAUACAUAUAUCAAAAACUGUGCUUAUAUUUCUGCGUGUGAGUUCUUUUUGCUUAUAUGUAUUUUUUAAUGAACACAUGUCACAGAAUUGAAUUUUUUAAAUAAGAGUCAAAUAAUUUGCAACCAGCUUUUAAGGGCAAUGGGGGCACCUAAACUCUUGAUGAAAUAGCUAUUAAGAUGUAAACCUCAAAUCACCUCUGGAUCUCUAAGCCAGAGAAAUAAAACUGGCAAUGAUUACAGAUA